GAUCUUGACUGGGAAGCCUCAUUAAAUCAAUAGCAUGACAAUAUAAUGUCAAGCAUAAGUGUCCAAUGUAACUUUCCAUGAGCAACAAAGUGAAUAAGUGCGAAGGGGAUAGCGAAAUAAAGUGAUGGCGCAAUUGAAAAGAGAUGAAUGAAUAGGGUGGCAGAGGCGAUGAUUGAGUAAUGAUACCGCUCAAUUGGAGUGGUGGUAUACGGUGGGGCAGAUCUGAAUGCCAAUGAGUUGCUUGCAAGCCUGCAAUGAGAGGCUUUAUAAGGGCGCGAGACGGCCGAUCGACUCACUGGUUACUGGUCUCAGUCUCGCUAUCAGGUCGGUCACCGCAUAAUCAUGAAGUCGUUCAUCGUUUGCAUUGCUGUAUCCUACCUUCUGGUCGCCAACAUUAAGGCGGACGAGGCAACAUCUUCAUCAGAUGCGGAGUCGCUGAUCACUUCGACGACCCUGUCUCCAGCCUCGAACGAAUCUGACGCGGCCAGGUCUGCCAUCAAGGAGCAGCUGGCCAAGCUCACUGAGAGCUGCAAAACCUCCAGCCAAGCCAAUUCUGAUGAUGCCAAAAUUAUUGGAACUGAAUCAGUACCAAAGACUGAAGGAGAAAAGUGCUUCCUGCAGUGCGUCUACACUGGAUUGGGAAUUGUGAAGAAUGAUCAAUUCUCUGUAGAAGGAGCCAGGCUUUUGGCACAGAAACGAUUUGGAGCUUUUCCCGAAGAAUUGGAGAAGGCCAAUCAACUGAUUGAAACUUGUUCAAAGGAAGCCGUGAAGAAAGACUCCAAAGACAAGUGCCCAAUGGGCUUCCUCAUCAGACAGUGUUUCGUCAAGAACGGCCAGAAGAUAAACUUCUUUCCUAAAGCCUAACAACUUGCUCUGGAAGACAACUUAAUUACUUCUAUAAAGGAAAUCGACAGGCACAAAUGAACUUGGAAUACUUGAAUAUCUAUCGAACAAAAUUUAGUCUAGUUGAUGAAUAUAAAUAACAUCUUUAUUUUAUACGGUACUGAACUGACUGCUCAUUAUUUUUGUUAGAAGUUAUUUAUUUGUAAUAAAUAUAUGUGAUGCAUUGUUU